UCCGGAAGAAGUUGCCUUUCCAUGAAGAGGUCAUUUUUUUGAGUCAUAGGUGUGGGCCACGCCGGGUCUGUGGGUUAUAAAAUGGCGGGGAGGAGGAAUGUGCUGUCGUCUCUGGCAGUUUACGCGGAAGAUUCAGAACCUGAAUCUGAUGGCGAGGCUGGAGUCGAAGCUGUCGGCAGCGCAGCUGAAGAGAAAAGUGGAUUGGUGUCUGAUGCCUAUGGAGAGGAUGACUUUUCUCGUAUAGGAGGUGAUGAAGAUGGUUAUGAGGAAGAGGAAGAUGAGAACAGCAAACAGUCGGAAGAUGACGAUUCAGAGACUGAAAAACCUGAGACUGAUGACCCAAAGGAUAAUACAGAAGUAGAGAAGCGAGAUCCCCAGGAGUUAGUGGCCUCCUUUUCUGAAAGGGUACGGAACAUGUCUCCUGACGAAAUCAAGAUCCCACCAGAACCUCCAGGCAGGUGUUCAAAUCACUUACAGGACAAGAUCCAGAAGCUUUAUGAGCGAAAGAUAAAGGAAGGAAUGGACAUGAACUACAUCAUCCAAAGGAAGAAAGAAUUUCGGAACCCCAGCAUCUAUGAGAAACUGAUCCAGUUCUGUGCCAUUGAUGAGCUAGGCACCAACUACCCAAAGGAUAUGUUUGACCCCCAUGGCUGGUCUGAGGACUCGUACUAUGAAGCGUUAGCCAAGGCCCAGAAGAUUGAAAUGGACAAAUUGGAAAAGGCCAAAAAGGAACGAACCAAAAUUGAGUUUGUAACAGGCACCAAGAAAGGCACCACAACCAAUGCCACGGCCACGACGACUACUACUGCCAGCACAGCUGUCGCAGAUGCCCAAAAGAGGAAGAGCAAGUGGGACUCCGCUAUCCCAGUGACAACGAUAGCACAGCCCACCAUUCUCACCACCACAGCCACCCUGCCAGCCGUCGUCACUGUCACCACAAGUGCCAGUGGCUCCAAGACCACUGUCAUCUCUGCUGUGGGCACCAUCGUAAAGAAGGCCAAGCAGUGACCAGGGGCUGCACCAGGACUUGGCAAGACUGUGUGGCCCAGGGACUGCUGCCCACUGGGAGGCAUCACUUUGUACAUUUUAGGACUCAGAGGUGCCACCUGAGAGGGGCUGCUAUGUGGUAUUCCCGCCAAAAGGGCAUUAGAGAAGAGACACAGGGUGCGCUGGACAGUCUAUCCACACACCACUUGGGGAGUUGCCCAUUAAAGUGCCAUAUUCUUACAUCCUGGCAUCUUGGGUAUGCUGGUCUCUCUCAUUUUUCAGGCAGAUACGAAGCUCAGGUGCCCCCUCCACCUCCUCAGCUGGGAUUGCCUCAGGAUUGACUGUGAGGUGACAGAGCCCUGUCAGGUGCUCAGAGGGGUGGCUCAGGAAGUCACAUCAUUCCCACUGUAUGACUCCUAGAAGGGGCAGGUAGUAGCCCAGGGACAGGGUGAUACAUCUCGCUCCUGCGUCUGCUGCCCUGAUCCUGAAACCACAUCUCCAGUGAGCACUCUCCAGUGCAGCACUCUCCAGACAGCUUCUUAGACACACCUACAGUUUUAAAAUGGGACCAGGUACCAAAGGAUUAGGGUGAGAUCCCCAGCUCACAGAGAGAGGAGGCAGUGUGGGCACCUGGCCAAGGCUGCCCAGUCCCUCACUGCCCAGUGGAUGCAGCCUGCAGAUCCAACCAGUGGGGGAGAUGAAUCACCUCCUGCUUUGGCCAGGCAGAGCUCAUUGUUUACAUAAAGGCCCCACUCCUGGGAGGGCUUCUGCUACCCCACCCUUCCUCUGUUGUUAUCUCUGCCUGGCAGCAGCCCCUGGACAACAUCAGUGGCCAGUGAACUCCUCUUGGGCUAAACAGCUUUCCCACCAUCAGCCAGCCUGCCUUUCUUGCUCUUUGACAGCUGCCUUUGCACUGCAGCGGAAGAACUGAGUGUCAGAGAAGGAAGUUGGGCCGUGAAGGGCUGCACUGCGUCCAUGGGGCCAGCAAGGACUGAGGAGGUCAUCCUGGAACUGCUGCAUGACCUGAGGAGUGGGACGGACUGUCCUAAGGUUCCCUAAAUAAAAGUUGAGUCUCACUUGC